AUGAAGCAGGAUAAAUUAACUCACCUAGUAACUGCAUUGGUUUGCCUUCCUGGAGAAACUCCACCUAGGUCUCCGUCUAGUCCAGCAAGCAGUCCCAUCGCAGGUAUCUCUUCUAGAAGCGUAAGUCCGUCGUCGCCUCGAUCUCCAAUAACUACAUCUAGACAUAGCGCCUUCUCUUUAGUGUAUCCCAAAGAUUUGCAUAGGAAUAAGCAUUAUUUAACUGUUAAUGGAAUGAACGCCUUGAUGUACGCCAAUUCACUAAAUCCUCUAGUUACUAGUCCUUACCCUUCUUAUAUGUGGCAUCCGAUACCAGGGUUGUUCCUUCCUUACUCACCAGCUCACAGGCCUGAAUCGUUGAGUCCUGAUAGGACUACAGUGGUUGAUCAGGGAUUUACGGAAAAAAGUAGCAAAAAAGCCAUUUUGGAUGAGGGCUUAUUUAAAGAAGAAAGUUCAGCGAAUUUACUUGCAUCAUCGCAAAAGAGAAUCGAUUUGAAGACAAGUGGAAUAAGUACUGAAUUAAUUUGUACAGAUGAAGAUGCACCUCUGAACCUGUCUCUAAAAGGCCGAUCCAGGACCCACAACAUUUGGUCUCCUGGUAGCCUUUGUGAACAAGAAAUGAAAACCACAGAAAUACGACCCGAUUCUAGUGUAUCUACGACCAUAAUCAGUCCCGUGAAGACAAUAGAAAAUCGGUGGAAAUGUUGGUAA